AUGGCCUACAACUACACCAUCGCCAAAGAGGCCCUCAACGACAACGACAAGAACCGCCUCAUGUGCCUCUACCUCAACUGCGAGACUACCGCCGUCAACCAACUCAUUGACUGGGAGAAAGCCGCCAAGGACUUUGGCUGUGCUUCCGUCGAUAGCGUGAAAGUCAUGACUCGCACCGCGCUCAAGAAGGUUGCGGAUAAGGGUGGCAAGGAGGGUGUGGAGGCUAAGACUAAGGCUGCCCCGAAGGAGAAGGGUGCGACUAAGAAGCGUGAGGCUAAGGGUGAGGGUGAGGAGGUGCCGAAGAAGAGGGGUCGGAUGGCGAAGAAGGUGGAGAGUCCUGUGGUUGAUGAUGAGGAGGGAGAGCAGAGUGAGGAGGUCGUGAAGGAGGAGCUGGCGGAGGAGGGUGAUGAGCUUUGA